AUGCUCAACCUUUCGAUGUUGCAUGACUAUUACCCUGCCUUGGAAAGAUUCAAACACGCCUGGACCAAGCAUGUGGUGUGGAUCGCAUGUUUCUCCGCCACCUCGCCAAUUCCAGCUCGACCGCCUGGCCUGAUGAGUUUGUGCAAAAAUGAGCGUGGUUCCAUCACUGGCGUGGCUGUGCUUUCCGUUGAUGGCACCUUUCCACCUGAAGUGCGAGAAGAUCGUGAUUUGAGCAGGCGCCUUCUGAUUGAGGACACGUCUCCGAAAGACCCCAGCCGGCUGACCAGACGUAGAUUUCGCCAGGUCGUCCUUUCCAUGGAAAACUGCCCCCAUUUGUGGAUGGAGCCCGUAGACGUAUUUCCGCAGUUUGAGCCAAGCGACUUCAAGGGCGAUGAGUUGAUGCAGCUGCUGCAUGUCCAUUUCCGCCUUUCGCAUGGACUUCCAGCCCUUGUUGAGACCUUCAGUGAUGAGCUGGCGCAUCUUUUGGCCUCCAUGCUGCGCCUGAAAUUCGAGGAGUGCAAUCCAGAAAACGUGCGAGGCUCCCUUGCGCUCCUCCCCUUGGCGCGGAGCCCCCCGGAGACCAUCUGGGCGCGUGUGGAGACUGCGCAGCGUGAAGCUGCGGUAAACGGUUUGCCGUGGCCAGGGAGGUUCAUCUUUCUUCUGACGCCUUGA